UCACGUAAUAAUGUCCAGGUUGUCAUUUAUUUUUAAUUCAAAUUUACUGCGAAAUAUCAAACACAUGAAUUUUUUAGAUCUCUUAAUGACUAGGGAUAGUAUAAUGGGAAGAAAAUUGUCAGAACUAUGUAUUGGCUGUUAAGGUGGAUAGUGAUACUCGCCUUCAGGUCUGCAUAUCUCACAUGAGUACUUUGUUUCUACACUUUCAGUGAAACGAAAACCUCAAAGUAAGACUACAGCACGGAUGUCUCCGUUAUUCUUUGCGUCUAGAUCCACUGGUGGGUAGUGUACAUUAAAGGUAUGCUAGAAAGACGCGGAUAUCGUUCACUUCAUAUUAGUCGUUUACAGUUGAAACGAUGGUCAUCUUAUCUUGCUACUGCAUUUGCGAUUCUCUCAUUUGUUUUUAUUUCUGGUGGAAUUUGGCUACUUGAAAAUAAUCGGAUCGAGUCUGAAAUUAUCGGCAGGCGAUAUUACUACGAAGAAGGAGUUUUGUUUGUAAUCAUUGGGAUACUAUUGCUUCUUUCGCUUGUUUGUCAAGCUUUUAUGAUUCAUCUAUUGUUUGUUGCAAAAAAGCCAUGGAGAUUUACUGAAGUCAAGGUAAAGAGAGCAAUUGCACUGUAUUUAGUUUUUCUGUUUGCAGUGACAAUUCCUCAUAUUUAUUGUUUGUAUCAUGUGAAAACAAUUAGAACAAAAUUAAUAUGGUCAAUUAAAGAACAAACUGAAGAGGCUUUGAUUAGUUUGUACGGAUUCGAACCUGAUUUUACAUCUGCAUGGGAUCAUCUACAGUCUCAGAGUGAAUGUUGUGGAUUUUCGGGUCCUCAAAUAUAUGCCUCUUCAAAAUGGAAAUACAGUCAACCUAAUUCUUCAACUUUUAUCAGCUUAGUACCUGAUUCUUGUCUUACACUUAAAAGUUUAGAAGAACAAGUACUUGAAGAUAUAAAAACCAAGUCUGAUUAUGAAGAACCUAGACAAGUGACUUUUCAAAAAGGGUGCGCAGAAUUUCUUUAUACUCAUAUAGAAGGUGUUCUAAGCGGUUCGUUUAUCGUACCGGUUAUUUCUCUUGUGAUUGUAUCUUUUUCAUUUGUUCUUGGAAUCGUUUUGUGUAAUUUCGUGGUGGUUGGAGAAGAAAUUUAA